AUGAAGAAUUCGAAGCAAGAGAUGUGUCCAGGAGAGAGGAGGAGGAGCAGCCGUUUUCAACAGGUCCAGCAAGACGGGUCUUUGACUCGGAAUACUACUGAGUUAACUCAAAACCAGGACUUGUUUUCUGGGCCUGCUUUUAACAUUCAGAGAAAACCUAGAAUGGGCAGCAGGGUGAAGCGAACUGGACUUGAAUGCCUGAAAAUUUUCAGCUCUGCUUUCGCCGCUUGUGAAAUUGGUCCCGAUACCCUUGAAUAUCUAUUCGGUAAGGUGCUUAAGAACAGCGAUGUAGGCUCCCUCAGAAGAAUGAUCAUUCCAAAGAAAUCAGCUGAGAAUUAUCUUCCUGAUCUCGAGUUCAAGGAAGGCAUUCAAAUCAGCAUGUUUGACAUGGAUGGCAUUCAUGAGUGGGGUUUCAAGUUCAGAUUCUGGCCAAAUAACAGCAGUCGGAUGUAUGUGCUUGAGAACACUGGGGAUUUUGUGAGUACACAUGGCUUGCAAGCAGGGGACAGCAUUGCUGUGUACAGAUGUAUGGAAAGUAAAAAACUUGUUAUUGAAGCUAGAAGAGUUGGAGACCUCUACGUAGAAAGCAAAGGAGAAGAUCAAGAAAAUGCUGAGAAAAACAAACCAAGUACUGACAACAUUCCUACUUUCGAUGAGAUUGAGAUGAUGUUAUCUUAUGAUAUCCCCUUCCCCUUGCAUGACGACCCUGCCCUCGAUUUUCUUGGCAAACCAGUUCAAGACUACUCAAAAGUUGAUCCAGUACUGAUGAUGGAAAACUCGAAAUUUGAAUCAAUGACAGGCAUGGAAUCUAUUGACAACUUCUCAAUUGAUGAAUGGAUAAACUUAUGA